UUACCCGAAGGAAGAGCGUGCGACGCACACGGGCGAAGUGAGGGAAAAAGAGAAAGAGACGCGCGAAGAAGAGCGGUCUCGGCGAGUCUCUCUCCGCGAGUCCGUCGGUGCGGAUAAACCGCUCGCGUUUUGGGGGGGUACAAUCCAGCCAUCGUCGAGAAGACACGCACUGCGUUGCGGUUGUUAACGCAGUUUGCGGUUGGGUCAGAGUUGAUUAAAAAUAAGCUUCCUAUUACGAUAUAUACGUCAAUAAUAGAUAGUACAUAAAGAAAAUUUAUAGUAAUUUCUGCAGUGUAGCAGAAGCGAAUGAAGGUUGGCGCUGUAUUCGUUGCUAAACAUGUGCAAAAGAAAAAAUGCAAAUAUUAUCAUGGUUUGCAAAGCAGACGAGAAGAUUCAAGUAUGCGCGGUACAGUUUCAAUUCGAGCCUAAUCCCAACCUUUUCAAUAACAAGAAUAACAAAUUCUCUUUAUAUGUAUCUACACGAGUGAAGGAUCUUUAUACCCACAUUGAGGAGCAGUAUCAAUUGCGACCCGAUAGCUUUAGAUUACUUUUAUUCACGUCACGCAGAAUGAUCGAUCUGGCUCCACUGAAGGAUAAAACAAUGGAAGAAAUCGGAGUGGAUUUCUCAACCGAUCCGAGUUUAUCCGAAAUAAAAAAUGUUCUACUCGUUGGUGAUCCGGCACGAGCCAUCGUUGAUGAAAAUUUAUUGAAAACCAUGAAAGAGUACAUGCCGAAACGUAAUCUCAAAAGUGAGGUUGAAGCGCCAGCGCUUCAACAGCCCGUCUGGGGAUCGCUUCAGGAACCAAUCUGGGGAGCGGAGGAAGAUACCGUUAGGGAAGAUACGAAAGAAGAUAUUAGAGAUAAUAGAGAAGAAGAUAAUUUAAGAAGUUUUAUUAAAACCGAGACAAAUUACGUUGGUUUAGUCAAUCAAGCAAUGACCUGUUAUUUGAAUAGUCUUCUCCAAGCGUUGUACAUGACGCCGGAAUUUCGCAAUGCGCUGUACAACUGGGAAUACGUAGACGGUUCGGAAAAAGAUGAAGCUCUAAGUAUACCGUAUCAGUUGCAGAAGUUAUUUCUCAACUUGCAGACGUCUACAAAAUCCGCAGUGGAAACUACAUCCUUAACAAAGAGUUUCGGAUGGGAUUCCACCGAGGCGUGGCAGCAGCAUGAUAUUCAGGAACUUUGUAGAGUUAUGUUCGACGCGUUGGAACAGAAAUUCAAAAAUACGGAACAGUCUGAUUUGAUCAACAGGCUUUACGAAGGAAAAAUGAUCGAUUACGUCAAGUGUCUCGAGUGUGGAACGGAGAAAACGAGGGAAGACACGUUUCUCGAUAUUCCGCUACCUGUGAGACCGUUCGGAAGCAACGUCGCGUACAACAGUGUGGCGGAAGCGCUCAGAGCGUUUGUCCAGUACGAAACAUUGGAAGGAGCCAAUCAGUAUCACUGCGAAAAAUGCAACAAAAAGUGCGACGCUCAUAAAGGAUUGAAGUUCACCAAAUUCCCGUAUUUGUUAACCUUACAUCUCAAGCGAUUCGAUUUCGAUUACAAAACUUUCCAUCGGAUCAAACUAAACGACAAAGUUACGUUCCCGGACAUAUUAGACUUGAACUCUUUUAUUCCGACCACGACGAGUCAAGAGUCUCCCGGCGGCGAGGAGGAUAUCGGCUUGGGUAUCAAAUGCGACGAUAGUUCAACAACAGAUAGUGGCACCUUGGACGAUGAUUGCGUGCCGUGUGACAACAGUCUGUCCAACAGUAAUCACUCGACUAAUCACGAUCAAGACGAUGACGAGGGUAUUGAUAUGAGCAACGGACCGUCCACGUCGAGCUGCAAUUCGCAUCACGAUAACGAAAAGAAUCGCGCCGCACUAUUGGGAAACAUGGUCGGGAACAUGUUGCGAAAAGGCCCGUACAUAUACGAACUGUUCUCGAUAAUGAUUCAUAGCGGCAGCGCGAGCGGAGGUCAUUAUUACGCUUAUAUAAAAGAUUUCCGAACGCAACAGUGGUUAUGUUUUAAUGACCAAAGUGUCACUCGGAUAACUCACGACGACAUUCAGAAAACGUACGGUGGCGGACCUUCGAGGGCGUAUUACAGCGGAGCUUACAGCUGUAGCACAAACGCUUACAUGCUCAUGUACAGACAAAUCGAUCGCGCUCGCAAUGCGUUGCCUAUCGAAACCCAAGAUUUUCCACGGCAUAUUCAGGAACUGUUGAAAAAAAUGAAGGAAAGCGAGGAUAACGAUAGGAAGAAUCGCGACAAGCAAAUGUCGAUACCCAGGUUGAAGAUAUACUGUCGCCAUCCGAUAGAAGGAAAACUGGUGAACAAGCUGUACGUUAUGCCCGACAUCACUUGGGCCGAAGCGACCGAAAAGGCGUACAAGAAAUUCGGUCUCGAGAACGUGGUCAGUUUGGAUCAGUGCCGUUUGGUCAGUUACGAACCCAAUACCGAUUUGAUAGAAUGCAGUUACGACGAUAAGGAGCAGACAUCAGUCGGAAGUAUAUUGCUUACAUCGCGACGGAUCGAUUUGCUGUUGGAAAUUCGUAACAAGGAUCAGAAAUUCGAAACGUAUUUGCCGGGUGGAGUCGCGACAAAGGUAUUUGUCAUAGACGUAGCCAGAGAAGAGGUAAUUGACGGUCCGAUCGAUGUUCGAGGUUCGUCGUGGCAAAGUGUUAAAGACUAUAAACAAAUCGUAGGAAAGGUAAUUAAUAUGGAUCCAAAGCAAAUGAAAAUAGUGUUGCGAAAGUAUCCCGACACCAUACCGGUGGAAAACGACAACAGUGAUCUGCAGAGCGAAGGGUUUUAUAACGCGAAAGUAUUUGUAUCAACGAUGUACGAUUUAGAUAAUACCAAGCCUUUUCAAGAAUCAACAGUUUACACAGUCAUAGAGAACUUUAGAUACGUCAUUUUUCUGAACGUCCAAUUGCCAGAUGUCAACAAAGAAAUAUUGGAAGAACUUAAUAUCCCGUCGUUGGAUGAGAAAUACGAGGAGAAGGAAAAGUCCGUUAGCAGCACGUCGUCGAAACUGAGCGUCACGGAACAACACUGGGACGUCGGCUCGAAGUACAAUGAAUCCGCGAAAGGUUGCGGGCGAACUAGCGACGACACUUCCAUUCGAAAUAUAAGUCCUCAAUUGGGCGAAGCGGAAGAGUGGAACACUCCCGAGCAGAGUAAUAGCGAGGAUAGCAGUCUUAGCGAUAGCGACAAGACGUUGGUCGGCGACGCGCCGGACAGCAUUGACAUUCAGCCACAGUCGUGGGAUAGUCGUGGGGUAGCCAAUUACAGGGACGACUACAAUUACAGAAGGGACUACAAGAUUUCGAAGCAAUUCGAAAUAGAGAACUGGGACGACGACGAUUCCGAAUAUUACUUCAGAGCUACACCUUAUACGGACAGCACUCAACAAAAAUUACUUAAAGUAUUAGUAGAUAAGAGAAUGAAGUUAAGCACGUUGAAGAAAAAUUUAGAGCCGUUUGUGGGUGUGCCUGUAGAGUACUUCAAAGUUUUUCGCGUGUCCAAUUCGGGCGAGUCCGAGUGUGUUUCCUUAAUCGAACAGCUCAAAUUGUACGGGGACGGCGAGAGACUAAACGUGAAACUCGGACGAGCCCUGCGUAGCGGAGAAUUCAAAGUGAAGUUGUAUCAGCUGCUGAUCGACUCCGCCGAGCCUUAUAAAUUUUUGUGCGAAUGGAUCGUCUCGAAGUACAUGACGGUCGGGCAAGCGAAGAAAGAGAUACUAGCGGAAAUAAAAAAGAAGUACGACAUAGAUAUACCGUACGAAAAGUGCCGGCUUAGGAAGAAGUGCUACAAGACGGCGUCAAAGGUAUUCUUGGACGAGCAGAAAUUCGAGGAUCUUCACUCGCAAUUUGAGAUGAUCGUUCAAGAACUACCGGACAAAGAAACGGUCACGGAUCCCAAUCAGAUUGUUCUGUUCGUCAGACGAUGGUUACCGGCAAAAUUGCAAUUGACCCAGUUUCAAGAAAUUGUUAUGGACAAUAGAACUGUCGAAGAACUGAAGAAAAAGCUUUCGGCAAUAUCGGAUAUUCCAGAAGAAUUCAUAGACGUAGCAAAGGGAAAAGGUAGUUUUCCGUGUGACAAUUCUGUGCUGCGGAUUCAGAACGAGCACGAUUGGAAUGAGCAGCCCGAUAGUUUAUCUUUAAAUUUCGAGGACGGUGCCGUUUUCUUGUACAGGGAUAGUAGAGAAAAACCGAAACAGUUGAACGCCGACGAGGUAAUGGAAAUCGCUUUUAAGGAAAAUUCGCGCUUAACUCCGCUUUCUACUACUUCAAGUUAUAGUCCACGUCGGGAGAGAGCGCUUAAGAUAUAUUACGACACGAACGAUCGUCCAUAGGGAAAAAGCACGUGUUGUCUUUUGAAGCUUAUCAGUUGUUAAAUAGACGGAUGUUACGCGAACACAAAACAUUUGCACCGGAUCCAUCCUGUGUCCAUCGGAUAUUUUGCGAAAGUAUGUCGUCGUUUUCAUCGAACGACGAACCAAAAAUGUUUUGUGUUCCGGCGUUGAGUCUUCGACAUUUCAAAGCUUCCGCGUUCCUACGGGUUUUUAGCUUGUGUCUCUUUCUGAAAAAAAACAAACAAACAAACACCGUUGGAUUUUUUAAACUGUUGGAUUCGUGAAUCGUUACAUCGUGAAACAAUUGGGGAAUGUGAGAUAUUUAUAUACAGUAUAUAUACACGCAGAAUGUAACAUAUUUUCCAUAUCACCUGGUCUGUUGAAUCAGUUUUCCAUCUCUUCGAUCAAGAAGCGUAGUUAGUUGUAAAAAAAAAAAAAGAGAAAAAAAAGAAAAAAAAACCGAACAACAACGGUAGCGGGCGAAAUGUUUUUUCGAUACGAACUUAGCGAGAAAAAAAAAUCAUAUUGUGCGAGUUGUUCUCACUCUCAGUCUUUUGCAUGACGAUGUACUUUGUGUGUUCCUUUUAGUAUUUCCUAUCUAUACUUGAUUCUCCCUGUUUUAGGGAAACCUUUUGCAUCUUUCUAUACUUGUUAAAACGUUGAAACUUGCCUCUUCUGGAAAGAUCAAAUGCCUUAUAUACAUCUAGAAUAUCGUAAGAAAAACAGCACCGUUUUCAAACAAAGUUUCCUCGACAAUACUUUCAUUAUUGUCAUUUCUUUAGCACAAUAAUACGAAUUUCACUUUAGAACUUUCUGAAUACACACUGGAUUUCUUCAUCUGAAUUUCACUUUUCAAAGCUAUCCGAUGAGUUUUGAAAAAAAGAAAAGAAAAGAAAAAAAAAGGGAAACAAUCUGGUCGUAUGUACGUAUGUAUGUAUUGUAACAUUAAUCCGGCAAUGUGUGUGGUAGCGUGUAUCAAUCUGUUGAAUGUGAUCGGUAUUCUAAUAUAAAUAUGUUAUUGUAUAUGUAUAUUUAAUUAUUUUUAAUUAAUUAUUAACCGUGCGUCUCUACUGUUGAUCAUUGCGUGAAAACUGUUCGAAAACAACGAUAUGAUACUUUCUUGGAAAGAAAAUUGGAGGAAAAAAAACCGAUUCUUCUUACAAGGUCGCUCAUUUCUCGCCAUUGGAUGUAUAUGCAACACUAGAGGGCAUGUUUAUUGCUGUGCGCCAAGUUACGUUUGAGUAUUUGUUUUUACUUCGCGCGCGAUUUUGUUGUACAUAUAUAUCGUCGCGAACUGUACUUUUACAAUAACAAUCGGUAAUGUCGUAGAUAUAUAUAUAUAUAUUUUUUUUUUUUUUUUUUUUUUUUUUAAAGCAAAGUUUCGAUGGAUUAUAAUGUGUAUUUGAAAGAAUUUUCUCAAAAAAGUGAAGCAGCACACGUUCGUUAAAUUAAUAAAACGUCGAUGAUUAUGUGCUUUUAAAAAAUCUGCUUUCACGCCGUAAAUAAAUUUUUUAUCCUUUUCUUCUUACACAAAGAUGAAAGAUUGAUGAACUGGACCAAGUGGUAGCUUGUCGCGUUUUUAUUUGUUGUAGCUUUAUAUUUAUUUUGUUAUCCCUCUUCUAUCUACAUACGAAGCGAACGUUUUUAUUUAUCGUCCGAUGUUGAAUUGUCGGAUCGUUUCUCCGUCAUCUCGUUUUUAUAAUCGCUGAACGAUAAACAAAAAAAUAAAAAAAAAAAAAAA